GGCGCGCGCGGCGCGAGCUGACGUGGGGCGGUUGCCGGGAGACGGCGCGCGGGGCGCGAUGGCGGCUCGCUACGGCGCGGGGCAGUACGAGGACGCCUUCAGCUCCCACCGCCUGCAGAACUGGAGCGUGGCCCGGCCCGGCCGGCAGCACCCCUCGCUGCGGAAGGGCUGCACGACGAUCGUCACUGAUGACCGGGGGCACCUGCUCCCCACCGUUCCCUGCUCCCAGGCCUCCCCGUGGGGCACGUUUGUGGGGACCUGGGAGAUGCCGCCGAGGAUUCCCCCAGCCAGGCUGGACCUGACCUCCCGCUCGGCCGCCGCUGCCGCACGGCUCCUUGACUGGGUCCACCAACCCACCACCCUGACGGGCGCCUGCAAUGGCCUCCGGACGGCAGUCACCGGGAGGCCCCAGGAGCCUCGGUUGGACACACAAACCUCCAAGGAGCCUUCCUGGAGGAGCAGUCAGGCACCCAGCGAGGGCAUCCAGCCCUCUGGGGCACCGCUGGAGGAGCCGCCCAGCCCCAGAGCAGGAGCCACCCGGGAGCCUGGCUGCACAGAGGUCUGGCUGAAGGCAGACACAUCCCCAGAGCUCCCAGCUUCAUCCCAUCCUUGCUCCUGGCAGGCCCAGCGUGACAGACAAGCCCCACGCUCCCACCAGCCUGCUGGGACAGACUUCCAAUGCAGGGACGACGGCCAGCCCAAAAUCCCAGCCUUGAGCCACCCUGCUCUGAGGGAGGCCAGCCCUCGGCUAGCCACCCCGCUGCAGGUCUCUGCUCCCAGCUGGGGGGGGCCUGCAGAGGCUGAGCCUGGGGAGGGUACAUCCCCCAGGCUCAGGGCAUCACCUCGUGCAGGACAGGGAGAGGCCAGUCCCCGAGGAAGCGCCGCAGGCAUGAGAGGCAGGCAGCUGUCUCGCACCAGGCUCUGAGCUGGCUUUGCUCUCCUCCAUUCCCCUUCCGGCAUCUCCCCCAAACCAUCCACCCCUUCCGACAAGCAGACAAACAGAAAACACCUUCCUACCCCCAAGGGGGAGGAAGUGGGAAUGUGUUAAAGCCUGAGCAAGGCCAACACUGGGGCAGCACUACAUGGCCUGCACUGGGGUUCUCAUGGCAACUGGAAAAAUACAGGGUUUAUAAAAAAAAAAAAAAAAAUCCUGUUUGGUUUUGGCAUCUCAGGGCAGAGCCCCAGGUGGGCCUGGGCUGCAUGAGUGUGUGCGGUGCUUUGGUGUCAGACAUGGUGCCCUCUCUUGGGCUGUAUCUCGGCUCGUCCCGUUUAAUAGUGCCUUGUGCUGGAAAUGUGGAACCAGGAGCAGGCCUGGAGCCGCUCAGGGCUCACCCAGCCUCCCCCCAUGCCGAGCAGCAGAAACCCCACCACUGCAGGCUGCUUUCACCCAUUUCUCAACUGGGCUCUGGGAGGGUGGGGGUGCAAAGCAGGUCCAGCUUUGUUUCCCACCUGGCCCAGCCAUGGGGCACUGCUGCCAGCCCCCUGCCACUGCUCACGAAAGGGAAAUAGUCUGUGAAGAGCAGCUGAGAGACACAGCAAAGUCUAACUUUGUUAGCAGCUGGCACACACCACAGAAUAGCUCAUUAGCGAGCAGAAGUGGAUUCCAAAUAAAAGCCAUUUCAGCAACUGCAGGAAGUAAUUGGUUCAAAGCUAAAAUACAUUCAUUUUUCACGCAGGAGCUCUCUCCUGCUGGGGCAUGCAGCUACACUAAAUAGGAUUCAGCAGUGUCUUCUCUCUCUGCCACACUUGACAGCAGAGUUUUCCCUCCUUCAUGAUUUCUCAUCUCCAAGGCUCUGCGUCCCCUCAGAGCCGAGACUCUGCUAAUUAAAGGAGUAGCAGAUUUGUUAGGUCCAGCGGGCAACCAGAGGAGCUGAGCAAGCAGCAGGGAUGGGGCUCAGAUCAGCAGAAGUAAAAACAGUCACGUGGAAGCAAGGCUGGCUCGUGCGAGGGAUCACGGAGCGUGUUAUUGGGACAGCUCCCCUCCUGCCACUUCUUCAGGUCUCCAUCAAAAGCCCAAUGAGGAGAGCAGAUGUUCCCCAUAAAGCCAGUAUUUUGCUGGCCGGUGAUGUGAAUGGGAAGGAGGAUCCUUUCUGAAACAGAGCCGAGACCCUCUCUGGGAUAGAAAAGCAGGACAAAGCUCCUGAUGGGGAGCGUGCUCUCUACAAAGCUUUGCUCCCAGUGGCAGACCUUAAAAAAUGGCUAAUUUGAGAAAAAAAGCUCCUGGGCCUCAUACAGAUGUUUGUACCAGUACAAACCACCUCAGUCCAGGUAGGAAAUUCCUUUCUGCUGGGCUGGCAGCAUUUCACAGACAACCCCACCCCACACCCACCACCUCCAAAGGUCAGGCACUACACCUGCCUCUAAACGCUGCAC